CUGCCAAAAUUGACAUUCUUAACGAUGGCUAUGAUAAAAUUGUCUGUCAUUCUUGACGAUGGCUGUGAUUCUCUCUCUCUCUCUCUCUCUCUCUCUCUCUCUACACUUUGAAUUCACUGCAAAACCCUAAUGGAUUUGGAGUAUGAAUCGUACCCAGUGUACCAAGAUUUAGUGGCUCUUCCAUUCUUCAUCCUUUUCUUCCCCUCACUUCAUUUCAUUCUCUACCGAUUUGUCUUCGAGAAAAUAGCUAGAAGACUAAUUUUGGGAAAGGGACAUGGAAAGCAGGAUGGUGAAACAUAUUUGAGGAGGAAGAAACUCAAUAAGUUCAAAGAGUCAGCUUGGAAAUGUCUUUAUUCUCUAUCUGCUGAGCUUUUGGCUCUUUAUGUUACCUACAAUGAACCCUGGUUCACCAACACAAGAUGCUUUUGGCUAGGCCCUCAAGAUCAGGUUUGGCCUCAUCAGAAAAUGAAAUUGAAAUUGAAGGGAUUGUACAUGUAUACUGGUGGAUUCUACAUAUACUCUAUAUUCACUUUGUUUUUCUGGGAAAUAAGACGUUCAGACUUUAAGGUGUCGAUGGCUCAUCAUGUAUCAACUGUCAUUCUCAUUGUGUUGUCUUACAUAUUGAGGUUUGGUCGAGUUGGUGCGAUUGUUUUAAUUCUCCAUGAAGGAAAUGAUGUGUUUUUACAAAUUGGGAAGAUGUCUAAAUACAGUGGCUUUGAAAAGAUUGCAAGCAUUUCUUUCUUUCUUUUUGUUUUGUCUUGGCUUAUACUUCGUAUGAUAUAUUAUCCAUUCUGGAUACUUUGGAGUACAAGCUAUGAAGUUCUGUCCAUCUUCGACAUAGGAAAGCAGAUGCCCAAUGGAAUUCUAUAUUAUUGUGUGUUUAACUUUCUUCUAUUCGGCUUGCUUGUUUGCCACGUGUAUUGGUGGAGGCUUAUGUUCCGAAUGCUCAUAGAGCAAAUACAAAACAGAGGCCAGAUUGGUGAUGAUGUUCGAUCUGAUUCCGAAGAUGAUAAUGAGCAUGAAGAUUGACCAUUAAAGAGUCUGAAUGAUACAACAUUCGCUUGUUCAAGCAGAUAUAUGGUUACGCAUCAAUGAAGGGAUGAAACAUCUAUGUGUUAGCACUUUCAUAUCCAUUUGUAAUGUAAGUUCAAACUAUUUGAACUACUUGUGGUGAUAAGAAGUCUUCUUCCCAUCAAAGGAGUACGUAUUCCUGAAUCCGAAACCAAUGAUGAGGUAGAAAAUAAUUUAUAUAAUAACCGGGAACUGCGAAUAUGUAUGGACCUAACAAAUUGUUUGCUUUUUAUCAGAUAUAGUUCAUCAUCACAGUUUUUGUUUCUCACCACUAAUCACUGAAGAUUGGCUGUUAGAAUCUUGUGAUUCACGAUUCGAUUUAUAUGAUUUGAUACGAAUUUCGAUCAAAA